GCCAGGUGGAGGCGUCUCCCCGACCUGCCGGAACUAAAGUGGACCCGCGAUCAGCUGCUUUAGGUUUAAUCAUGGUGUUGACGCAGGAAGCCGUGCUGGCCCUGCUGGUGUCGGAGGGGGGCCAGGUGAGCAGGUCGGAGCUGGUGAGCAGGUUCAGGGGCUCGGUGGACUGCGAGGAUCCGGAGGAGAAGCAGCGGAACAAGCAGCUGUUCAGGACCAUGGUGAACAACGUCGCCUUCGUCAGGGACAAGGACGGAGUCAAGUUUGUUGUGCUGAAGAACGCCUAUCUACAUCUGCUGGGAGGAAAUACAGAGAUCCCUGCUGGGAAUAAAGAGAUCCCUGGGAAUAAAGAGAUCCCGUCUCCAGGUGAGCAGCAUGGGAACCCCGGCGGGCGCGGGGACGCGCCGGGGCCGCGGGCACGAGCAGGGUCGGCUGCGUCUGACCCCGACACAGCAGAGGAGACUGGAAACGAGGACAGUCCUGAACAAUCAUUCACUCCAAUACAGCUGGCUCUGCAGAGGAGUAAAUGUUCAGUUGUUAAACCCAAAAGGAUGCUGGAUUUUGACAUCAUGGACAGAGAUGGAGAGGAGAAGCCAGGACUGGGGGAACUGUCCUCCAACAACAAGCCCCUGGCCGGGCAGAGAAAGCCGUACGGACUUCCUCUGGCCAUGCCCCCCACUCCCACCAGGGUGGAGACACACAAACUGAAGGGGGACCCGGAUGAUCCUCCAGAUGUUUCCAAACCAGACUCCUCUAGGACCGGGAAGAGGCUGCCGUCAGUGGAGGUGACCCGAGAGGGGUCACCGCCGCUCAGCGGGGCGGCCAGGGCCGUCAGGGAGGAGCCCCGGGAGUCCCGGGACUCCCGCCUCCCCUCCGCCGUCCCCCUGGAGUCCCCGGAGCACGAGUGGCUGGUGAAGUGCGCCACAGGCCACUGGACGCAGGUUUACGGCCUGCUGCUCGGGGACAGCCAGCUGGCCGACAAGAGAGACUUCAUGUCCGGCUUCACCGCCCUGCACUGGGCGGCCAAGGCCGGCAACAGCGACAUGCUGGUGAAGAUCAUUGAAACGUCCAGGAAAGGAGGCGUGGACGUGGACGUGGAUGCCAAAGCACACGGAGGAUACACUCCCCUGCACAUCGCCGCGCUGCACCACCAGGAGUACGUCAUGGCCAUGCUGGUGGCGGAGUACGGGGCCGACCCGGCCGUCAGGGACGACGGCGGGAAGAAGGCCCUGCACUACCUGCACAAAGACAUCUCCGGGACUCUGAGGGAGAUGAUGGGAGAGUCCCGGGCCCCGCAGAUCCAGGACAGCGUCCCGCACCAAAGAGAGGAGCCCGAACUGUUCCCAGAUCUCCCCAAGAGCUUGCAUUCAAUCAGCCGCUUCUUCCAGCCCACCGGUACCACCCAGAGGAAGAAGGUCAAGCACAGGCCCGGGUUUUACUCCGUCAGCGACCACCACAGCGUGGAGCGAGAGCCCGGCGGCUUCAGGCAAAGACGCCCGUCAGAUGUUUUUAUGUGAUGGCUAUACAGGACUGUCUCAGAAAAUUAGAAUAUUGUGAUUUCCUGUAAUGCAAUUACAAAAGCAAAAAU